AUGCCUAACGCUCUGGUGUCGAUGCUGCUGCUACCUUGUCGGUGGUCGCUGAGGCUGCUGCGAUUCUUCAUGUGGAUCCUGGUGUACUGGGGAGCAUGCCUAGCCGCUGUUGUCUACUCAGGGAAGGCCCUGGGCAACCUGCUAAGUCACCCGAAUCAAGGCUGCUGUGGCCGUCCCCGAACCAAGAUCCCAGCAUACCUGAUCGACCCCUCCUUCGGGCAGCAUCGUUUCAUUAUCCUCAAGACUUCUGGCCUGCGUCUGCAUUUUGUUAUUCGAGGCCGUGGACCACUGAUGCUCUGCCUCCAUGGCUUCCCUCAGAACUGGUUUUCCUGGCGACACCAGCUUGCAGAGUUCGGCCAGGCCUUCUGUGUGGUAGCAGUGGACAUGAGGGGCUACGGGAUCUCGGAUUCACCCACCAACCUGAAGAGCUACACCAUCGAUGCCUUGACAUUAGACAUCAAAGACAUUAUUGAGGGCUUAGGUUACUCUACAUGUGUCCUGGUGGCCCAUGACUGGGGCGGGCUCCUGGCCUGGAAUUUCUCCAUCUACUAUCCAAGUAUGGUGCAGCAGCUGGUGAUAGUGAGCGCUGCCCCUAUGUCUGUUUACCAAGAAUAUGUCAUGCAGCAUCCCAGCCAGCUUUUGCGUUCCGGUUAUGUGUUCCUGUUUCAGCUACCCUGGUUACCUGAGAAACUGCUUUCUCUCUCUGACUUUGAGAUCCUAAAGGAAACCAUGAUACAUCCAGUAACUGGAAUCCCUGGCCUUACAGAGGAGGAGCUAGAAACCUUCCUGUACAGCUUCUCCCAGAUCGAUGGCCUCACUGGCCCCCUCAACUACUACCGAAAUCUUUUCACGCACUUCCCACUAGAGCGUCAGCAGCUGACAGUACCAACGUUGUUGUUAUGGGGUGAAAAGGACCAAUACCUGGAACCUGGACUUGUGGAUAGUAUUAGCAAACAUUUUGUGUCAGACCACCUGCAGUUCUAUAUCCUACCUGAUGCUGGCCACUGGAUCCCCCAGGGACAGCCAGCACAGAUGCAUCACUGCAUGUGGUCUUUUCUUCGGCGUUUCAAGCACUAGUCAUGACUCUUCUGUUCAGAUAUGAACGUUUCAGUUUUCCAUUCCCUCCAAGGCCCACUCCAGACAAGGGAAGAAAUGGGGGCCGUACUUGAAACAAACUAGCUUUUGACCUAAAUUUAGAAGCAUUUUCCCUCUCUAACUCCCAUGGUUUCUACUCCCUUCCCACAUUUCUUCAAAGACUCCCAAUUACCUCCUGCCUCUCCCACUUCCAAUACUUACAUUGUCCUUCUCUGUCCCUUCAGUUCCUGGCUGGUCCCAGUUGAACCCUAAUACUUCUGGAAGCCCUUUUCCUUCACUGCUACAAAGAAAGGACCCUCUGAAAGAGCAAGGGGCCUUUGUAGCUAUGAUGUAUGUGCAGAAAUAAAUCUCCCAC